AUGGCUUCACGAAUAGCUGCAAUCCGAGCGAUACUGCCAGACCUCGAGUCGGCCUUGCACUCCUUCACCGCCUCGCCCUCCAAGUUCCGCGUUGUGCGCACGGUCAAUGCCACCAACACGCAACCGCGCACACUGUACAUCCUCGACUCGUCCUUCAACCCGCCGUCCAUUGCGCAUCUCACGCUCGCAACGUCAGCGCUCAAGCAACAUGCGCCAUCGGAAGCCGCGCCAUACAGACUGCUCUUGCUCUUCAGCACGCACAAUGCCGACAAGGCACCGAGCCCUGCCAGCUUCGUGCAGCGCCUUGCCCUCAUGACCGUGUUCGCCGAAGACCUGUCACGGCAUCUUAAGAGUGAAGAGUCCACACAGAAGGAGCAUGUUGCAGACAUGUCUAUAGACAUUGGCCUCACCAAAGAGCCGUACUACAGCGACAAGUCUGCCGCCAUCAAGGACACGACGCCGCCAUUCUAUUCUUCCAACCCCAUCCACGUCCACCUCGUCGGCUACGACACGCUCAUUCGCUUCUGCAACCCCAAGUACUAUCCAAAGUACGACCCGCCCCUGUCGGCACUCAGGCCCUUCUUCGAUGCUGGCCACAAGCUACGCGUCACUCAGCGCCCAGCAGACCCCAGCGAUCAGUCUUCGAGUGAGUUCGGCACGGUGCAGGAGCAGGAGAAGUAUGUGCAGAGACUGAGGGAUGGCGAGGAAGAGAAGAACGGCUUUUUGCCGGCGUGGGGAAACAACAUAGACAUGGCACCGGCUGAGAGAGGUGUGGGCAUCAGCUCAACCAGAGUGAGGAAUGCUGCGAAAGACGCCAAGUGGGACGUAGUCAGCGAGCUUUGCACCGAGGGUGUAGCCGCAUGGAUCAAAGAUCAGUCGUUGUACAGCGAAGAUGCAAGUGGCAAGAAGAUGAUGGCAUGA